GGGCGGCCAGCCAGAAAAAGAAAAGCCAAGAACAGCACAUCAGAAGUGGAGAACAACAAUCACAAUCGGCGGCAUUCUCCGGACCCAGUAUUGGUGGGUGUGACUCCAGUCGGUCGCAGUGAUUGAUUGUAACAAUCCGCUGCCAUGGCUUCGUCCUCCAACAACCCCUCAGCUCUUCUGGAAGAGGACUCCAACGCCAUGAUGGAUACGCUCCCCUUGGCCGAGAGUACCUUGAUUAUGGAGGGCGACCUGGCGCCCUUGGGCCAGAUCCCUCAUCGACAAUCCUCCUUGAACGCCAAUUUGGAGAGCCGAACCGCUAUGUCCCUGGGUGGGCUUUCCACCAUCCCGGGGGCCCAUGAGGAUGAACCCGAAGAGGACGAGGAAGAUGAGGACGAGUUUCCCGAAGAGGACGACGAGGAUGACCCGGGCGAUGAGGACGAGGACGACGAAGAGGAUGAGGAUGCGGUGGAAGAUGAGGAAGAUUCCUUACUCGAGGAUAUGGACGAUGAAAGCAUGAGCAUGACCACCAUGAAUGUGGGUGAUGUCACGCUGGGCACGGAUUUCGACGAUAGCCUCAUGGGCGGGGAAGAUGAUGAAGAGGAGGAGGAGGAAGACGACGACGAGGAAGAAGAGGAGGGCAAUGAAAGCGGCGCCCCGGAAGAUGUCUGGAAAGAUCGACGUAUCCUCAAUCCAGCGCUGAAAGCCGUAGUCGAACUCACCACAGAUUCCGCCACCAACUCCGGCGGUCAAAGUCCGGCUAGUUCCACGCCAGAUCCUCAAAAAGAGGAUGAAGCAGAUCCCGAGCCCAAACCGCGGAAGAAGCGAGGCCGGCCUUCGAGGGCGGAAAUGGCGCGACGAGCCAAGGCGAGGGAAGAGGCCGGUGAAACGCCCGUCGACGAGCCCAAGAAGACGCGGCGUCGUACCAACCCCAAAAAGGUAGAACUCGACGAGAACGGACAACCCGUGGUCAAGCGACGGGGUCGGAAGCCCAUGCCGCCUGAGGUCAAAGCCCGAAUCAAGGAGGAGAAACGUCUGCAGAAGAUCGAAGAACGCAAACAAAAGCGGCUUAAGGCUCGACGGGAUCGUGGCGAAGAUGUGGAAAGCUCGGGUACGGGUAAGAAACGACAACGCGGUCGCCGUGCCAAAGUAUUGUCCGAAGAGGAGCUGGCCGAGCGUGAGCGCAUUCGCAAGCAAAAGUAUGAGGAGUUCAAGCAACAGAAGCGAGAGAAAGCCCAACAACGGUUGGAACGGAAUGCGGCUUUGCGCGAGUUCCGGAAGAAGAAGAAAGAGGAAGAAAAGAAACAACGCGAGGAGUAUGAGAAACGUAUGCAGAACCUCCGAGCCAGCUUCUUGGACGAGAACUCGCACAUGUCAGCCGGAGGUGCGGGCGAGGAAUCCAUCCUCGACGAGAGUUCCAUGCAGUCCGCGGGGGGAAGUAAGUUACCCCGAUGGGCCAUGGGCAAUCUGGAGUUGUCCCAGCUCAAACAGAUCAAACAAGUGAGUGCGGAAACUCUCUUCGAGUAUUGUUGGCCACCGGGUGGAAAGAUCUCGGAAUACUACUUCUUGCAAGAGCAAGUCACGGAAUAUCUGGCUAUCAAAUCCUUCAAGCGCAAGUACCCGCAUUGUCUACGACGCAAUGUGGAGGCCGAGGAGCGAGAUUUCCUCGUCGAGAUGAAAAUCGUCAACGAAACUCAAGCCGAUUUGGGCCUCACGGCCAUCCCCGCCACUCAGGUGCUGGACAUCAUGUCUCAGGACUUCUACGAUAAGUACGAUGUGUACAUGACCGUCAAGUCCGAAAGGAAAGACCGAAUGAAUCGACAAACCAAUUACAGUACCGUGACCAUAGAAAAGCACAAGUUUGCAGAUUUCGUCGAGAAAGCCGUCCAAUCCGCUUCAGAUUGGAACAAACAGCUCAACCAAGAGAAGCGGGAAAAGCGACGCGCUUAUUUCGACAUGCAGACCUUCAUCAUCCAAAGACCGAUGAACAAUCGUGGCCGGAUGAAAGUACUACCUACUCCAAAAUUGGGGAACUACCCCGUGGCCUUGAUUCCAGGACAGUUUGUGGAUUACUACAAGACAUUGACCCCCGCCCAGUUAUCAUAUUUGCCUUUGAACACCACUUUGCAUGGUCCACCCCCGGCGCAAAUGCGCUUAUCGGAUAUUGGAUCUGAUGGCAAAGACUCCGCGGUGGGUUCCAGUGAUUGCGAUUCCUCAUCGAGUUCCGAUGAUUCGGAUUCCGAUAGCAGUUCGUCUUCGGAUUCGUCUUCGGAGGAUGAGGGUGAGAAACCUAAUGUGGAUAAGGACAAGGAGGUCGACGAGAAAGAGAAAGACAAACCAUCGGCAGACGAUGAAAAGCCAGACAAACCUAUUGAUGCCGAGGUACCUGGAGCCACGUGCAAGAUUUGUACUGGUGAUCGUGUUCGGAACAAGAUUGGCCAACCAGAAAAGCUUCUCCAUUGCUCAAAGUGCUCCCAAAGUUGCCAUCCCACAUGCGCCGGUUUGACCUUGGAAUUGUUAGAAUAUGUGACCAAAUAUAAAUGGAUGUGCACGGAAUGCAAAGUGUGUUCGCUUUGUCAAGACCAUUCGGAUGAGGAGAAAAUGCUCUUCUGUGACCUUUGUGAUCGAGGGUAUCACACCUAUUGUGUAGGGCUGGACACGAUCCCAAGUGGUCGAUGGCAAUGCGGCAAGUGCACUGUUUGCUCAUCUUGCAAUGUACGCGAUCCCCCGGGAACGAACGUGCUUCAGAGUGAACAUCGUUGGGUGUACGAGUUCAAAACGAGUGCUCUAACCGGCAGUAAAGUGUAUUCGCACGCCAUGUGUAAGCCGUGUCAUAGAUCGUGGAAGAAAGGGAGUUUUUGCCCGGAGUGUACCGUUGUCUUUGGUCGUGAACCUGACAAAGCGCAAGAGGAGAUCGAGUAUUACAAUUGUUGGGUAUGCACCCGCCCACAUCAUAGCUACUGUGUGGGUCAGGCUACGUUUAUCUGCGGGUUCUGCCAGAAGAAGACACUAGAGAAGAGCCUGGGUUCAGUGGCACGCAACGCCAAUUUGCGGGACUUUUCCGAGCCCGCGGGCAACGGUGCGCCCACUGCCUCGACCGGCCUACCAGACCGAUCCACGUCGCAAUCCACGGCGGGUUAUUCUCGACGCGCUUCCUUGGAGUAUCAACCCGUCACUUGCGAUGUGUGUCAGAAAGUGUAUAAAAAUAAGUCCACCUUGUAUUCACACAAGAACCGAGAUCAUGGAGUCAAGUCUUCCAUAAAAUAAGCAUCAUCAACGAGCCAUCGGAGUUCAAGCUGCAAGGCUGAUGACUAGAUUCAAAAAAGGACAUCGCCUCACUGAUCCUUUUUGGACGUUUGCCGCUCCCUGACCCUGUCCUUUUGUACCCUCAAAUCCCGCAUCAACUGGGUGCUCACGUAAAACCAAUUGGCCACGAUGGAGGCAGCGAUCCCCAAGAAUGGCAUGGACAUCACGAUCGAGAUGAAGAGACCAUGGCUGUCGAAAUACUGAUGGGCCGUGAAGAGUCUGUAAUCGCAGAAAAAUAAAGACACACCCGAAUUAGA